AUGUCCGACAUUGCAAUUAUAGAUGUAAAAGGGUGUGAUCAAUCUAGAUCUGACGACAUCAAACCACCGCCAGACGAGCAGCCACGAUGUUUUGACGCUGGCGUAGAAAUCACCACGAAAGGACUACACGUUGAUGAAGAAAUGCCAAUUAAAAUUAACAAGACUUCUACGUUUUUCAACAAACUUAAUCGUUUACUUACUGGAGGCACAAGUGAAGGUAUACUCCUAGAUGAUCUUUGCAUAUUUGUAAUGCUUAGUCCAGUUGAGACUCCUAUGGAUCCAGCUUUUCUAAAUAAUAUUAUGUCUUUUAUUAAGAAUCUUGAGCCAAAUGUGCUGUUCGAUUUUGAUUUAAAUGGCUUUGCCCAAGGUAUUUAUCAUACUUUAGACACAAGUGGAGGAAAAAUGUUUAACGUUUACACUUUAGAUAUGUUUGAUGAUAGCAAAGAAGAUUUCAAGUAUUUGCCCGACAUGUUGCAAAAGGACAAUUAUACGCAGUGGGUGUUCUGUAACGGCCAUGACAAAAUGGAGUCUUUUGACAAGAGAAUUUCGAACAAAACUAGAAAGUUGCAAUUUCAAGAAGCCAUGCUACAACUUACAAAGAUCUAUGGAACUGAAAGGAUACUUUUUGUAAUGUGUCUGUUGUCGAAUAACUAUGAGAUAAUGAUUUCUGCCUGUGAAGAGGCAAUUACAAGACUCCCAAACCAAUGGAUACUACUUGCUGAACAUAAAGAUAUUGCCAAGCUAUGGCUAGACAAAAUAUCAGAAAAUAAAUUUAAAAAACAGGAACUGGAAAACAAAUGUGUUCUGGACAUGUCCUGGGAUCAGAUUAGCAUCGCUGUUUCUCAGUUAAACGAAACAAAUAAAAACACUGAUGUAUAUUUACCAUCUUCUUGUGAACCCAUAACAUCCGUACCAAUAAAACAGUUAAAAGACUGGUAUGAUAUUGAUAUUUUGACUGCAGGGGACUUUGUUUUAGAAGGAAAUAAUGUUAACCAAUUAGAAAAAAAGGUUGAGGCUGAAUUUUAUCGAGGGAAACAGGUGUGUUGGUUAAAUUUCUGGUUUCAAAAUCAGGUUCUUCAGAGAGAUAUACAUUCCAAUCUUAAAAAAAGAGUUGAAGAUGCACUUGAAGGCAAAUCACACGACAAAUGCUGUGUACAAUAUGUUACUUUAUGGCACCAACCAGGGGCUGGAGGAACAACCGCAGCCAUGAAUGUUCUUUGGGAGCUUCGUAGAGAGUACAGGUGCUGCCGUGUGCUAAAUAUCACCGAAGAAACAGCUGUGCAUUUAGAAGAAGUUUGGCAUUUCAGUGAAGAUUCUAUUGGCAGGUCUCCUAAACCUCUUUUGGUUUUAGUCGACUAUGUCGAUGAUGAUCAAUAUAUCCAAUUCAAGAAUAAGCUGGAGGUUUUGGGACAAAUGAACAGUAUACAUUUUGAAGAGUCUUUUGACGUUUUUUGCACUAUAAUCGAAUGUCAUAGAAAUACUUUUCCAAUAGAAGACUCAAACAAACUACAGUUGCUACAUACCCUAUCAGAUAGAGAGCUUAGAUGGUUUGAUGAAAAGAAUAAACAAACAAAUUAUAGAAUUAACUUAUGUGAUUAUUUUGCUUUUAACAUCAUGCAAAAUAAUUUCAGCCUUGAUUGCAUUCCUGUUAUUGAACAAAUGUGUAAUGAUAUAUGUGACAAAUGGGAAAGGAAACUCCUUCUAAUUGUCUCUUUUUUAAAUGUUUAUGACUUGGCUUUUAGGCCCGUCAAAGUUUCUUGGCUGGACUUUAUGUUUAAAAACAGAAAUGUAUCGCGUGUAGAGAAAACUACUGUGUUUACGCGCGAAGUUAAGUGGGAAGCAAUGCUAAGCAGCAGCAUUAAAGUAUUGAUGAAUAUAUCAAACUAUUCAAGAAAAUCACUGAGAAUUAUAAACAAACGGGUUGCAAAAGAAGUUUUGAAGUACAUGUUAUUGCGCACUGGCACUAAAAGAAGUCAAAUCAUGAUAGAACUGUGUGACCAAAUCUACCAUCAAACUGGCCAACAAGCAAAUAACUUUAGACAUCUAAUACAAUGUGUGGCUAUGAAAAUUGAAGUGGGAGAAACAGGAAUAAAAAAUAAAUAUUCACCAUUUGUACUUGACGUAAUAAAAAAAGAAGACUAUGAUGUUUCUGCAGAUGUUUUAAUUAAAUUGUUUGAAGUAAGUCAAGAUCCAUUUAUUGCUCAAAUUAUAGCAAAAUUAUAUACGGACAAGGGAAACUGGGAAAAAGCUGAAUAUUUUGCAUUCCGGGCAACUUUAAUGAAUCCAGGAAAUUCAUGUCUUUGGGACACUUACGGCCGAGUUUUUAGUUCUCAACUUACAGAUUAUACCAAAGUAAUUCAAACUAAAUUUGGCCCUGUAGAUUCAAACGUAAUAGCAGCUGUUAAGAUCGCAUUUGAAGCAUUAGAGAAAUUCAAGAAAGCACAAGAAACAAGUGAAUACAAAACGGCGAAUAUAGAAGUAUUUAAUACUGCAAGCUAUUUUGGAGAAUUAGUGACAAUUAGGCAAGUUCUCAAUGUCAUUAAGUUACAUUCAGCUUUCAGAGAGCUUUCAAAACUACACAAGUAUUUGGUUGAUCUAAAUUACUGCCCAGAUGAUCUCUGUUUUCUUCAAGAUUACAAAUUUUUCUUGAAGAGUUUGGUUUUUAGAGCGACGCAAGGAAUCCGAAGACUGGAUGAAGAGUAUUUUCAACUAAAACGUGAAAGUAGCCAAGAAAAAAGAAUAAAGGUCGAUUUAAGCAGAGAUAAUUUAAUAAAAUUAAAGUCAGACUUAGAUUACUAUUUUGAUAUAACUAAAAUUACUACUGAACCAAAACUUGUGCGAGAAGCUUGUACGUAUAGACUUCGUGUUGCUCAAAGUAAAGGUGCUUCGUCACUGAGCCAAACUUUAGAACUAAGAAAAAAUGGCAAAUCACAGGACUUAAUUGAUUGUGCUCGUCUAUUGGUAAUAAACGUAAAGUCACCUUCGGCAACAUUUUACGAUUUUAAAGCCUUGUUGGAUGUUCUAACGGUAUUAAUUGUGGGUGUUGAAACACCACCAGGUCUCACUUUUGAACACUUGCUCGGCUGGUGUAAAAAAUUCUACUACCAUGAACAACCUAAAGAAUCAACCCGCCGCUUUUUGGAGCCAGUGAUGUACUUUGUAAUGUACAAUUUUCCCACAGAAGAGAGAGUGACAUUUAAUCUUUGCACUGUUGAAGUUUUGAAAAAUGCAAUGGUAGAAUGGGGGAAUACUUUCAAAAAUAAUUAUCCGUAUCUAGAUAUAGGCUUAUCUAUGUUAAGAAAAAGUGCUACUACUCUCUUUUUCCUAGGAAACGGGCAACCACUGCAAGAUAUUAUACAUCUAGAUCACAUAGAAAUCAUUAAUUAUAAGCAUACACGGAAUCUUUAUGAAAUAAGGAAACGUCUCAGAAUGAUGACAGGUGUACUUUUAGAAGGUGGAGAAAAAGUGAAAACAUGCCUGCCUACUAAAAAUGGCAAGCCAAUUGCUUUAGAAAUCUUAACCGCUUAUCCCGUGUACAAAAAAAAUAUGUGGUCAAGAAGUGUUUAUUUUUAUUUGGGAUUUAGUUUUUCAGGGCCUAAGGCAUUUGGAAUUUCAUUGGAAGAAUUAGAGACUGGCAGAAACUAA